GUGGAGGUACUCUCGUCACCUUUACUAUUUUCUUUAGCGCUUGUUCCUUGUGUCCUAUCAAGUCAAACGACGACGACGACGACGAACGAACGACAGCGACGAGCUCGUUUUACUGACUACUUCGAUUCUACUCGGAGGUCUACUUAUGAUGGACCCGAGCAGUAGCGGUGAGCACCUUGCCCAAGCAAUUGGCCCACAAGUUCGCUCUCGCGUGACCGUCGUUUGCGCAGAGUGCAAACGUCUCAAACUGAAAUGUGAUCGUCGAGCCCCAUGCGGUUCUUGUACCAAGCGUGAUACGGUCGCAAGAUGUAUAUACUCCCCUGCUGCUGCUGAGAAAGUUGACCUUCACUCCCUCAACAACAGACUCAUAGCAGUCGAAUCGCAGCUCGCUCAAAUAUCAGCACCAGGUGUCCGUUUUCCUUCCUCUUCUUCAUCGUCUACAACCAUCCAAUUACCUAUCCACACCGUGAAUUCGUAUAACCCACACGAGCCCUCUAUAGACGAUAUUACAGCUAUCUGGUGGGAAGAGAUUGACAUACCAGAGUCGCUACCAGUACAAUUGUCUAGUUCCGACUCACGGGAUGGGUAUAUUAAAUCUGAACCUGCAUCUUAUCCCACCCUGCCAUUACCCGCUUCAAAUCCCCCGUCAUCUCUUCCUCUCCCCCUCCUGCUGCCCCCAAUCUCCUGCUACUAUGCCCCACAUCCGUCCUCAUCCUCUUCACCCAUUUUCAUGAAAUCCCUACUUGUCCAUCUCCCAUUCGCCCCACGCCGCCGCACCCGCCUAUAUGAACAUGCAGAAGAAGCCUUCAGGAUGAUCCCUGGGCCCUGUUUCAGCUGGCGCGUCUGGAAAGAGCGCGCAGAAGGCAUAUGGAGAUAUGGGGAGUGUGAGAGCACAUCAUGUGUAACAAACGACUCCUCAGACGAGCCAUCUCGUUCGAGUGCCUCGUCGACGAUCCCGAACACCUCAAAUUCUUCCUCUCGUACACCCACAGACACAAGUAAAACAGACACAGCCCGCACUAUUUUUUUCGGUCCACCGCCUGCUCCUCCACCUUCGCCUCCGCCUUCGCAUAAGGCUCUUUCCCAGACUUCAAGUAAAGCUCUUACUCCAUCCCUUCCCUUGUUCGCAUCCGUUUCGGGUGCUUUCGCAUUGGCAUUGUUGGUUGAAGAGAGCGCCGCUAGCGCUAGCGCCGCCCUGCAGAGCUCCGGCGCCACUCAUCCUGGACCUCCUUCUGAAUCUGAAAGGGCCACACACAACGAUAGGAUGGGUACCUCACUAGGGCCAAAGAAGUCAAGGAAAGAUCCGUCACCGAAAGAAAACCUUACCUCUCCUGCGCUUCUUCAUGCAUUGUCUCGACAAGCACUAUGCGUGUGGGAGGGUGGCGUAGCCUUGUCCAAUUCAGGGUCGAAUUCAAAUAGUGCACAUGCGAGCGAGUACGACUUGGAUUAUGUAGCUGCGAUUGUGCUCGGCGUGCUGUUUGUAGUGCUUUGCGAUAAAGGAUGUACGACGGGGAGACAUGGAAAUGGAAGUGCUACGAGCAAUACAAAGGAGGGAUGGAUUCUAGGAGAGAUCGGCAAACUUGUCAACAUCGCACGUACUAUGGGGCUCGGCGUCGACCCUGAUCUCACACCUGGCAAGUAUGGCUUGUAUGAGAGCGAGGCGCGUCGGCGGGCAUGGUGGGAUAUUUGGUGGUGGGAUGCAUAUACUUCCACUCUAUCUUCACGUGCUCCGCUCAUUCCUCUGCACGCGUUCAGCACCCGCCUACCACUUGAUGUCGACGAGGAAGUGUUCACGUCCGCGUGUACGUCUGCACCUCUCCUAAGCCCGACCGGCAAAGAGGGCGUGGGAAGGUGGUUUGGGAUGAGAGUAAGACUCGCGCAGCUCGUAAAAGACAUUAACUUCCGCACUUCCUUACUAUCAUCUCUCGAACAACCCUCAGUCCUGUUAUCCCUCGAGCUCGCGUCCCAAUGCGAAGCCGAGAUCAAGCAAUGGCUAUCAGAUCUCCCACCCGCAUUCCGGAUGGGGAACGAGGGGAUAGGCGAGGAAUCAUGCGUGCCCCCUCAGUCUUCCAUGGCGCUGUCAUCCAACGCAAGUCAUGGAGGCACACCGCCGACACUCCUUGCUCAGCGUCUCGACAUAUUGAUGACGACGCAUAGACUGGCUAUGGGGUUGUACCUCCCGUCCUUACGUCCCCAUUCGUCCCCGUCAUCCCAAUCUGACUCUCACUCUAAUGUGAGACGUGAAACUAGCCCGCAGAUUCAUCAAGCACGCGUAGGCGCGCUCACAGCUGCACAUGGAGUCAUCAGAGCUGGGAGAGAUUUUGUUGAGCUUGCGUGUACACGGCCUGAUUUGGUACGGAGGAAGGACGGGCUUGGAUUAAGUCUUUGUUGCGGCCUCGUCUAUGAUGUUCAUUCAGGAUUUAGCCGGGGAGUUGAAAUGGGAUAUUCGAAAGCGUUGUUUGAUGCCUCUAUUGUUUGCGCUACCAGUGCUCUCCGUGACCCAUCGGCUGUGUGGGCGCGCACAGCUGUGGAGGAUGCUAAGAUGGGUCUUGUGCUGCUUCGGGACCUUCGGGACCUCUGUCCUGCGUUGGAUGUGAGUGUUCUGGAGGCGCUCAUACGGAAACUCGACUCGGGUGGUUCAGGCGCUGGGAGUGGGUCAAAGAGGAAGAGAGAGGGGUGGGAUGAAGGUGAUGGACGGGAUGCUGUUCCUGUACCUGGUGGUUCGAGUGCGGGUGGUAAUGACGAGGAAAAUGUUCCUCUCAUCCCCGUCCCUGUCGUUUCUACCCAGGAACCCAAGCUACGUUCACCAUCUCACGUUGGUUCCAAUUCCAAUGCUGCCGAGAACACCUCGACCACUAAUGUUGCCAACAAGGAGGACAGUUCGGCCUCAGAACCAAGACGGACAUACCCUGCGAUUGUCAUUCCAUCCAAGUUUCCGCCUCGGAAGGAUCGUGUAAAGGAUCGAGAUUUGCUCAAGGAUGGUCAACGUGAACGAGAGCGGGGGGACAAAGACAAAGACCGCUCAAGGGAGAAAGACAAGGAUCGUAAGAAGACCUCGUACCCGUCCGUUGGAUUUCGCGUGCGUCCUGGAAAGGAGCCGUCUCCGCUUGCCAGGGUGCGGCCUGCAAGCGCUGGCACACCUACAACGACAACGACAACGACACAGGGAAUAUCAGGUCAGUCAAUGCCGACAUCUAGCCAGCCGAUCUCCAUGUCAGAUCAGUCGAUACCUGCGUCUAGUCAAUCGAUGCCAACGUCUAGUCAAUCAAUGUCUGUAUCCCAGCACUCCGUGAUGUCUCAGCCACCUUCCGUGGCUCCUCUCCAACCGUCUUCCCUCGUCUCAACGCCCAUUGAUCGAUCUUCCUAUCAUUCUACGCCUACUUCUAUGUCACAAGAAGGCGGGGUUGAUUUCUCCUUACCGUUUGGGGCUGCUUACGAGCCUCAGCCUCAGCCUCCCCAAAAAUUUACACCUUAUGACUAUGCCAGCUCUUCCGCUUCACCGUUUUCAUAUCCGGACACCCCCCAAUAUGUGCAAUUCGGUGGCCCUCCCUCCACACCGACAUCGUUUGCUCCUCCAUCCCAAUUGCCCCAUUACUCAGGAGCUGCUCCACAGCCGCAAUCAUCUUUUCCUACACAAAUACAAACGUCUCAAUUUCCUGCAUCCCAAGCAUCCUACAGCGAGCACCCUCUUCCGUCUCAACAACAGCAACAGCAACAGCCGAGUCGUUUCAGUUUUGGCCCGCAGUUCCCCGAAACAGGUCUUGUGAGAGAGUAUUAUGGAUCGCAGGAGAAGCAGCCUCCUCAACAGCAGGGAUAUCAACAGGAGUAUCCUGGGGAGCAGCAAGCGGUGUAUGGCGUCAAAUCGUCAAUAGACCAGCACCUCGCGUCACAACAGAGGUACGCGGGGGGACAACAAGGAUAUAUGGAGCAGACGUGGACUGAGGGGAGCGAGGGUCAGUAUUGGAGCUCAUACCCUGCGCAACCUCAACUGCGUUAUCAAGAGUGAUCCGCCCUCCCCUUCCCUCCCCUUCACUGCUCUUUCCUCAGCUUCCGGUCCCAGUCUUCGCCCAUGUAACUAACACGCUCGUUAUGCCCAUUACGCCUUGAUGUCGCUCCUUGCCAAUGCUUUCCCUCGCCAUCGCUAUAUGUACGUCUAGGUUACCCAUCGUAUCUUCUGUUUUCCGCUAUCGUAUCUUCCUGGAAUUUGUCAUUAGCUAUAUAGCUAACCUUAUGAAUGUCUCCCGUACAGCUCCUGUUUAUUCCUUUUCUGCUUAUCUUGUCUAUUCGUUCUGUUCUCGUCCAUUCAUCUCUAUCUCUAUCUGUGUACAUAUCACACCACUCUGAUUAAUGGCUGGAAUCACGUUUUUCCAUUUCAGUGUAUUUUUGUUGUAUUUCUUCGAAUUUACUGUCUAUAUACGAGCAUCGUCAUUUAAAUCCAUAGACUCACUUUUGUUUCUUCAUUGUAGCCUCGGUGUUAAUGCGAAUGGUUCUCAAUGCCUA